CUCGUUUUGAAAUCACCACAGUCCACGAUGCGGCAGGUCAUCGUGUUGUUUGCCUUUUGGAUAUGUGCAGUGUUCAGUGUACGGACGCGGCCGCCUAUGGUCAGUUUUGAACUGAAUGGAGAACCCUACUACAUCUACGUCGAGAAAGACAGAGCACACAAACUGAUGGUCAUGCCAGAGACUAAAGAUUGUGACAGGACCAUUAUUUUCCACGAUUUUCUGGGGAACAAGACUAUUUAUAAAGACGUCACAGCGGAAACUUGUUUCGUUUCCCCAUUAUAUAGGGACGUCGUAGACAAAGUAGCGGUUAUUUUUAAGGCAGUAACUCCGCAAUAUGCAGUGGAAAAUACUCCCGCAAUAAUUCUACUGAGGGAAAGAAGGAUGGAUGCCAAUGAAAUAACUUCUCUGGGAAGGAUGGCUUUCCUAUGUAGAAACUAUGCCACAUUUUGGGUUCGACGGAAUACUCCAAAGGAAGGGAUACGUUUCUCCGAGAAAGGCAUUGACACCGAUUCCGGGAUUGUCAUCGGAAGAGUUUUUGCCGAAACCGCAAAUGUUCCACUCAGAUUUGCCAGUAGCUGGACCUCCUGAAGCUUUUAUUCGGAACGCCUAAUGAUUUUAUAACAGAGACUAUGAAGACACGCAACACAUGAGGAGUUGAAUUUCUUUGCCCAAGCUACGUCUUUCUGAUCGCCUACGCGUGAAACUUAUAUUUAUGAACAAUUUUAUGUUUUGCUGCACACUAACUGUGGCAGAAAAUGGGAUCUAAACUAUUUUGUGAGACGAUAUCUCUGUCUCUUCCGCUGGCAAAUGUCUGUGAUAUAAGAACAUUUAAAAAGAAACAAAUAAUAAAUCUUUUCUUUUGAAAAAUCAAAUGGAGAGCAGACUUCACAUAGCCUCUCGCUCAAAAAGCGGUUAAGUUUUGCUUAAGUUCCGCUUUUUUUACAGAGAUCACUUCAAAUAAUGGUGUUAAAGUUUUUUGUAUUUAUUUCAAUUAUUUGUAAUACAUGUAGUCUUACCAAAUAAUCUUGGUCAUUUAAAACUGCGCGGUAAUAAUACCCAAUGGUCCAUUGUAGGAUGUUUAGAUAGCCCCAAGAAAAUAGUAUUACAUGUAAAAGUUAAACAUAUUCUUGUCGGUCAUUGACGGUAUUUUGACAAACGUACAGCACACUAUUUUUAUUUCUUUUAUUCGUUGCACGUCUCUGCUGGUUUCACACGUUUCUGACUUGUAUAAGGAACACAGAGAGGAACAUCACAUCAAAUUAACAAUUAACCAGCAGAGAAUAAUUUGAAAUGGCACCUUCUUUGAUCCAUGGAUUUCAAAAUUAGCUUUUGAACUUUAUAUUGUUGUCUCUGAUAGCGACAUGCAACGGGAAUGUUAGUUUUACUAUGACCAUUAUUUACUGGUUCACGUGCACAAUGACAGAAAAACGAAGCAAAAAAGGUCAAAGCAUACUGAGAAAACCACGCCUCAUAUCCGGUCAUGUGAAUACAGCCUUUGUUUCUGAGCCAAGACAAGUUGGCACUAAUUUCCUAAGGUAAUUAAAUGAGAAGAAACAUAA